CACUGUAAGUAAGUAAGUACUGACAAUGUGACAUCACUCGGUAAAGCUACAAAGAUCGUUCCAUUAUUACUGAUGUUACUUCUUUACGUUAUAGUACUGCAAUAACGGAACGAUGUCCGCAGUACUGCGAUUGAUUUAAAAUAUUAACCUAUCAAUAUAAACGAAAUUGUCAAAAUGGAUAAAAAACUUGAAAUGAUUUGUGAGUUCGCGAAAUAUUUAAUGGAAUCAUCAGAUGAAUCAGACAGUGAAACAUCAGAUGAGGAACAUGAAUUGCUCUUAUUAUUAAUUGUGCAAAAGACGAAUACAAUAUCGCAUAAACAUUACCAGAAUUAUGUUGAAAACAUUGUACCCUUGUACACCGAUGAAGAAUUCAAAAUGCAUUUUCGGAUGAAACGGAGUACGUUUCAAAUAUUAUUAGAACUAUUAAGACCUCUUGGAACCAAGCCUCUGGAAACAGAGUAAUAGAUAUGGCAAGCAACCAAUAUCGCCUGAAAAACAACUACUCAUAGCUAUUUGGAUUAUGGCUACACCAAAUUCCUAUAGAUGUGUUUCAGAUAGAUUUAAUGUUGGUAAAGCUACAGCAUGGCGAAGUGUGCAAAAAGUUGUACAUGUACUGUAUAAAAAAAUUACAAGUUUUAUUAAAUGGCCAACUAUAGAAGAAGCACAACAAAGCAUGGAUACCAUGGAACAGCAAUAUGGUUUUCCAAAUGUUAUUGGGGCAGUAGACGGAACACAUGUAAAAAUUACUGCUCCACAAGAACAUAGUGAAUCAUACAUAAACAGAAAAGGGUUUCAUUCGAUUCAACUACAAGUAAUUUGUAAUCCACAAUUACAAUUUAUACAUUGUUAUGCAGGACAGGUUGGUUCCGUGCACGACAUGCGUGUUUUUAAAUUAUCUAAAUUCGAAAAUAUGUGUACGGAUGCGAAUUUUCCUCAUGAUUGCCAUAUCCUAGGUGAUGCAGCAUAUCGAUUAACAAAAUAUGUGAUGGUACCAUUUAAGGAUAAUGGUCAUCUAUCAGAAAGACAAAAAUAUUUUAAUGUUCGUCUCUCUUCUGCUAGAAUGAUCGUGGAGCGAUCAUUAGGUCUCCUAAAAGUCGUUUUAGAAGUAUAUUAGACACACUUCCAAUGCAAA